AUGUCCAACGACGACGAUUACCCUACACGCCCCCAUCGAGACCGAGACCAAGACCAUUCUCGCUACGGUCGCAGCACCGGCCUGCGAUUCCCGGAUGAAGACAACUACGCGUCCGACUCUCGAAGACCCGCGGCUCCUACUCCCCGACAUUCCCGCUACGACGUUUCUCCUCCACGGGCCUAUGGCUCCGACGAAUCCCGCCUUAAGAAGGACCUCGACCCUCGAGAUGCCGAGCCCAAGACCGCUUCUCGAGACCCGAAAGAUGAUCCUCCUCGCUACCGAGAAUAUCCCACCAGUGCCAGGGACAACGAUGUGAAGCCGAAGAAGUCCAACACCGCUGCUCCGAGGAGGAGAAGUUUCGACGAUGACGCCGCUGACAUCAACCCUACAACCCAUCGGCACGGACGAGACGGCGGUGGCGCGGCCUACGGUCGUUCCAAAGGCUACCGCGAGGACCUACCCGACCCGGAGCCCAUCAUGAGUGAUCGCUACGACCCUAAAAGGACCCAAGGCAGCGGGCGCAGACCCCCCGUGGACGACGAUGGUGAAUUCGAGCCAGAGCCACCGCGUCGAGCCAAAACAUAUCGAGAGCCAGACCACCACCGUCGCCGAGGGGACGAUGUCUAUGACGAUGAACCAAGGGCGUCUCGUCGCUACCGCAGCCCAGAAGAUAGACAUUCUGACCGCGACCGAGGCUACAGGUCAGACGGCCGAGAUGCCAGGCCUAGCAGCAGGAGGGAUGGUGACCGCUACGCCGACCGCAGAUAUCGCAGCAGUGGUGCAGAUGGCUACGCCUCGGAUAGAGGGCACAAGCGGUCUGACCGUGAUCGGGACCGAGACAGGGACGGUGAUCGCGACAGGAGAGAUCGUGACCGAGACCGAGACCGAGACAGACACCGUGACCGCAGCCACGAGCGCAGAAAGAAAAAGGGCUUCUCUCUUGACGACAUCGGCAAAGUUUACGAACAAAGUCAGAAGCAUUACAAGACCGUCGCCCCGCUCGUGAGCAGUCUGGCCAAAAUGUAUCUGGACAACAAGAAAUGA